CGCGCGCUCUGUCCCUCAGCCCGGCGCGCGCUCCCCCCGCGGCCGCGGCUCCCGCGCUCCCCGGCGGCGGCGGCGGCGAGAGGCUGCGGCGCUGCUGCUUCCCGGAGCUCCUUCCCGGAGCUCCUUCCCCGAGCUGCCGCUUCCCCGAGCUGCCGCUUCCCGGUGCUGCCGCUUCCCGGCGCUCCGCUCGUGGCGGGAGGGACGGGACGCGCAGCGAGAACAGAGCGAAGGCGGGGAAGGGCAGGGAAGGAAGGGGUGUCCCCUCCUCACUGAAGGAAUCCGCACCGGUGCGAAGUUAUCGCCCAGAGACGGUGAGAGGCGCUCGGGCUGCUCAACCUGCUGCUGCUGCCGCCGCCGCCGCUGCUGAUCCAUCCUGCUUUUCACUGCCCACUGCAGUAAGAAUUCCCUCUCACCUGAUGAGCUAAAGACACGACCCCUCAGGACCGCGAGACUGAGCACUGCCGACCUCCCGGUGCCAGUGACUGACCCCAAAUAGAAGAGUGGCUCUUGUGGAAGCAGCGUGCCUGGCUCAGAAGAAUGGACAUAAAGGACAGGAGGCACCGCUCGCUGACGCGGGGCCGCUGUGGGAAGCAGUGCCGCUACACGAGCUCCUCGCUGGACAGUGAGGACUGCAGGGUGCCCACACAGAAAUCCUACAGCUCCAGUGAGACACUGAAGGCGUAUGAUCACGACACCAGGAUGCACUAUGGGAAUCGAGUGUCUGACCUGGUGCACAGGGAGUCCGAUGAGUUUCCAAGACAAGGAACAAACUUCACCCUUGCAGAGCUGGGGAUCUGCGAGCCCUCUCCGCACCGGAGCGGGUACUGCUCGGACAUAGGGAUUCUGCACCAGGGCUAUUCCCUGAGCACGGGCUCGGAUGCUGACUCGGACACGGAGGGAGGGAUGUCCCCGGAGCACGCCAUCAGGCUCUGGGGCAGAGGCAUCAAAUCCAGGAGAAGUUCUGGCCUGUCGAGCCGCGAGAACUCGGCCCUCACGCUCACCGACUCCGACAACGAGAAUAAAUCAGAUGAGGAAAAUGGUGUUCAGACUCCAAGAUACACUUUUCAUAUUGGAGGGUGGUUAAGGCUUGUGGUACAGGCAGAUAAACAUGCAGAAUGGCAUUUCUUAUCUCCUUUACUUAGCACCGUAUUGCAGACACUCAGUGUUCCUGGGAUGUUCAGGAUUAGAAGCAAGAAGAUGGGGCCCUGGCUGAGGAAGUAGCUCCACUGGAAUGCU